GCUCAGACAAAGGCAAGUCGUCUUGUCCAGCCAACACAAUGGCCUUAUUAUUUACACCGACAAUGCGUCCGCUGAGCUGCCUGAAGACGCUCCUGCGGCAAACCCGGCGGCAGAAGACGAUAGCGAGGUCGUUGACAACAUACCGUAAACCAGACCUAAACCGAGGUCUUCCGCUGGCAGCAGCUGUGGAUGCAGGAAUGCCCCAUGUCAACAGAAAGCUAAAGGCAUACCCGCCUCCUCCAUCUCCCGCAGCCAACUUUAAGAACCCAAUUGGCGACCUUCACGCAGAACAAAUUUCCGUCCUAGACCCUACUGGGGCACGCACACAGCUCUUCAGCAAAACCAGCCCCGAGGCAGCCAAGGUCGGCGAUAUUCUCCUCGUUCGUCAGAAGAACGGCGAUCCAUUUGCAGGCGUCUGCAUCAACAUCCGCCGCCGAGGCGUCGACACUGGCAUUCUCCUCCGCAACGAGCUUACGAGAGUUGGCGUGGAGAUGUGGUAUAAGAUCUACUCGCCAAAUGUGGAGGGAAUCGAAGUGGUGCAAAGACGGGUGAAGAGAGCGAGACGAGCACGUCUGACAUACAUGCGGAAGCCCAAGCACGAUAUGGGAAGCGUCCAGAAUAUCGUCCGGGCAUAUCAGAGAUCGAGGUUGGGAGCACGAUCGGGCAAUAACAAGGGCGGGAAGAAGAAGGGAAAGGGAAGGAAAUAAGGAGCUGAGAUGGUGUAUAAAUAUGUAUGGCGUUCAAAUGUCGAGAAAUUACUUGAUUAGUUUACACUAGCAAUUGCAGAAGUGACC